CAAUACACAGAAAGAUACGAUUGUUUUAACUUUGCCUUGAUGUGUGACAGAUUUGGUGUGUCUGAUAGAGUAGCGUCAGCAUUGGCAACCAGUCUUUUCAAAGAUUUUGAAAUGAAAGAUCAGCAUGGCGAACCUCUCAUCAUGGAUAAAUCGAAAGUUCGUAGAGAAAGAGAGAAAUGCAGACGAAUAGUGCUCCGCAAAAGGUUUGAUGAUUCCAGUUUAAUAGCGUUUUCAUUCGACGGCAGAAAAGAUGAUACUUAUACGAGAGAAAAAACUGAUGGUAAGUAUCAUAGUAGGAUGGUAAAAGAACCUCACCUUGUUAUUUUGAGAGAACCGAAUUCUCGAUUGAUUGGUUACGCAAGACUGGUAGAGGAAAGUGCUGAAUACAAAACAACAAAAUUGAAUGAAUUUUUCAACGAUAAAAACAUAUCUCUGGAUGCAUUGAUUGGCAUAUGCACUGACGGUGAGCCAACAAACACUGGCACACACGGUGGAAUUAUACGAAGAUUCGAAUUGCUGCUAAAAAGACCAUUGCAUUGGUUUGUUUGCCUUCUACACUUCAACGAACUUCCGUUUCGACAUUUGUUUAGGGUUUUGGAUAAAUCAUCCACCACUGGACCAACAUCAACAACCGGGAAACUAAGCAAGCAAAUUGAAAAUUCUGAAGCUCUUCCGGUGGUGAGCGACUUUCAGAGAAUUGCGUUGGAAAAUAUGCCUCCUGUUGCAGAACAGCACGAAUAUUCCACCGAUUCGCAGUACUUAUACGACAUGGCACAUGCAAUUUCUAAUGGCGUGGUUUCUGUGGAUCUGGCUAACAUAAAACCAGGGAAAAUUGUACAUUCUCGCUGGCUCACCAAGGCCGCUAGAUUAUUACGAUUAUAUGUGACAAUGAAAAAACCACCUAAAAAUUAA